AUGAGCGGCUCGUGUAGCAGCUACCUGAACGCCGCCAAGGAGCUGGUGAGCGGCUUCAGCUGCCCGGGACCAGGCGGCGAGGCGGCCGCUGUCUACUGCUGCGGCUUCCAGGACCACCGCUACUGCUGCGACGACCCUCACAGUUUCUUCCCCUACGAGCACCGCUACAUGUGGUGGCUCAGCAUCGGUGCCCUGGUAGGCCUGUCCAUAGCUGCUGUUGUCCUCCUGGCUUUUGUCAUCACUGUCUGUGUGCUGUGUUACCUCUUCAUCAACUCCAAGCCCCCUGCCAAACUGGACACAGGCUUAAGCUUACAGGCAACAGACCCAGAACCCCCAUCUUUGGAAGAGUCCAGCCGGAGUGGUGUGGGAGCCAUGGGGCCCAAUAGCCUCCGAAGGCAUUUCUUGAACCCCCGACUAGACUGUGAUCCACAGGCCUCAGACCCCGACCGGCUCUUUCAGAAAUGCUUCAUUGCUACGGUGACCACUACAGAUGUCCAGGGCCUCCCCUGA